GUCGUCUGCUUCGUACGACUGCAGAGUGUAUAGAGAAACUCCACUCGGUUUCAAUGAGCAGCUUAAUUCCGUUCUGCUAGUAUAUCAUUGUCGUUAAGUCUUAAAAGUUUAAUUGUUUGGAAUUAUCUAUAUACUUCAUUAGUAACUCGUCUAUAGCAGAUGUCAGACAAUGCAGAGAAAAUACGUUAAACAAAUUAGUCAAAUACAAAUUUUAAAUCAGCUGUCUUCCCAAGAAGAAAGCACCGACGAUUUUGAAUUUAAUGAAAUACCAGCAAAUGUUUUUGCACAAGACUUACAAAAGUUGAUGUUGAGACUAAGAGGAGAGAAUAUAUCAAAGAAUGGACGUUUUGUUCAAUACGCUAAGCUGCAUGAGUCAGAAUUAUAUAAAGACUAUAAAAAGAAAGCAAUGGCUUUAAAUUUUAUCAAUUUAUCUGGGUUAUCAGAAAAUCAAAAGAAGGCGUUUUUCAUAAAUAUAUACAACGCUCUAACUAUACAUGGUUUAACUGAAUGCGACAAAUUACCCUCUUCACCUCUCGAUCUUAACCAAUUUUGGAAAGUGACAUCCUACUGUAUUGGAAGAGAAACUUAUAGUCUUGAUGAUAUUGAACAUGGCAUUUUGAGGUGUAACAGACCACACCCAGUGGCUGUAGAACGACCAUUUGGGGAAUCGGAUUCCAGAUUAAAAUAUGUUUGCAAAGAAUUUGAUCCUAGGAUCCAUUUUGCUCUAAAUUGUGGUGCAUUUUCUUGUCCUCCAAUUAACGUAUACAACGAAAAUAAUUUAGAAGAUGCAUUGACCUUAGCAACAAAAAGUUUCUGCGAGCUUGAAGUAAAAGUCAUUGGAAAGGAUCUGGUAUUGUCUCAGCUUUUCCAAUGGUACAGAUCAGACUUUGGAUCGACAGAAGUCGAAGCAAUUAGAUGGAUUCUAGCUUAUCUUAGUGAAGAAAGCGCAAGCCCAAUAAAGGAUUUAUUAUUCUGUCUUGAACGAAUUGGAGGAAUUUCUAUACGAUAUCAACCAUACAAUUGGAACCUUAAUAACUUGGAUGUGACUGAUAUGGACUAG